AUGCAGACAGCAGGUCAAGCAGGCGGUCUUCACUUUGGAGACCCUCGCAUGGCUGAGCGUGUCGGCCAUGGCCCAGCCACGAUGCCCUUCACUCGCAGCGCGGGCCCUCGAGCCAGCAGACAGACGGACCACCAAAUGCCCCGCGAUAUGAAUGCAAGACGCAAUCCCAGCAGCGCUCAAUCCUUCUCCGAAGACGAUUUUUCCGCCGCAGGCGACGUAUUGUCUCGCAGCUUCCCGUCGCCAAAUUCCUCGUCGCCGUUUCUCAACAGCUCGUAUUUCUCAUCGCAUUGGCUCGACGAUGCACUUGACCUGGAGGCUGGGUGCGUUUCCUGGACGAGCAAUCACGACGGCCGGUUACUCUCCUGGCUCCCGUCGGCAUUGUUCGGUUCGAGGAUAGAAGAGAAGCUGCGUAACCCCGGUUCCUGCGACAGCAUCGGCUACUCGGUGAAGCCUGGGUCGGCCGGUUAUAGCUUCGCGUGGCGUUUUGCGGCAUUCUUCAUGUUUUGCUACUUCAUAUCCGCUUAUCACGAACGACUUGGGCUGCAGUGCGGACAGCUUCGUUUUGACGUGACCCAAAAGCAAACUAGGCCGUCAGGCGACAAAUCCAUGACGCUUUUGUGGUCCGAGGCCAUCAUCACCACCGGUGCGGCCUUUUUGCUUACACAGGGGUACUUUGGGAUUCGAUCGACCCGAGAGAGGAUGGAACGUGUUCGCCAAACCGCAGUUACGCUUGCAUACUCCUUCAUCAAGACGACCAGCACCAACUCGCCUCCGGGUCUUCCAAAGGAUGAAUUACAGUUGAUUAUCUACGAAUGUCUUGCACUUUUAACCGCGUUCCCGGUUGCGCUGCUGUAUCAGAUGCGUGGCAACUCUUGCGAGCCGGCCAUCACCAGGUACUGCCAGGACGUGGCCAAGGAGCUGCAAAGGCUCAGGAAGGGCGAGAAUCCCAUUGUCUACCGGCAAGAUCCCUGGGCUUGCAGGGCGCGGCGCAAGCAUAACCAGUUCGAAAACGUCGAAUACUUUUUCGAGGUCUUCUCCCUUCACUUGCAAAAUGAGUUUUCGAAACAGCGCAUGCGGGUAAAGACUCUUUCCAUGACUUCGCAGCACAUCAUUUAUAACCUGCGCAACAACUUUGAGAACAUGGUUGACUUGGGGAAUUUUGACGACAGAAGAACCCCAAUUGUCCGGGAGAACAUUGACAUGCUCGCCCUGGCCGGCCGAGAAUGCUGCAUAUUCUCCUCGUCCGAUAUUGCGCCUGUUACCUUUUUGUGGGCUCUAAACGUAGCCUGCCACUCGGUGGCUAUCCUCACACCCGUAUACCACUGCGACUGGAUCGUCAACACAAAUCGCCCCUCUCCCAUCAAUGACGGCUCGCUGCAGUGGCCCGAGUCGGCCACAUGGGCAGCCAUCACCGGGGCAGCCGUCGUCGGUGCGACGAUCUUGUCCAUCUUGAAUGAAAUGUGGAACAUGUGGGACCCCUUUGGGCGCGGCAUCAACACGUAUUCGUGGACGCUGGGGAUCGCAAUGGAGAUUGACAACAUGGUCAAUGAGUUUUACGAAUACGACACCAAGGCGCUUAUCCGCAAGCACGCGUAUAUGGCUCCGUCAUCCCAUCCGUACGAUCAUGUAACUGAUAAUGUAGGGGAGAGCUCGAAUUCAGAACCACGCACGGUCUGA